CGAGUCGUUAUAGUACGUGUCAGCCACGAUGACGCGCAGAUUUGUCAAAUCUAGCCUUUAAUAACAUGGCAAUACGAGAUAAGGCACGCGUUUUCGUGAAUGACACGAUCUGUAUAUAGGACGUGAUGACUUCUAAGACAGACGACAAAACCGUCACCAUCUUAGGCCCGCUGAAGUAGCCAACAUAGCCAACAUUAGUUACUGUCAUACGCAAGUAAUUCGUAGAAAUGGAAACGUCAGCUAGAAUUUAAAUUAUAACAAAAUCCCAAAUUAUUCCAUUACAAACAGCUUAUAAUGGAAUAAUUGGUUGAUCCAUAAAUACCCAUUCACUUUCAUAACACAGCAGCAAAACUCGACUCCACCAAUGUCACAUUUCGCACUGAGAUGUCUCCGGGCGCUCAAUCUAAGUAGGGUUACCAAAAACGUGAACACCAUCAGACAAGUGCACCGCCGCGCAGUCGAACGAGCAAGACUUGUCAGCCCCCGAGUACACGAACCGUCGCGAAACUUCUGGCUGCUGCUGACUACAGUAUUUGCCGCUUCACUGGAUGAUCCAUCAGAUCAGGAUGAAACCCCGGCUACGUUUGCGACCACUUUUCAGUCAGAAAAUGUGACACCCAUACAGAAAGUGUCAGACUUAGAAGCGAUGCUGGCCGAAGCCGGCGACAAGUUAGUGGUCAUCUUCUGCAUGGUCCGCUGGUGUCCAUUCUGCAGGAGGAUUGCUCCUACAGUCGAGGAUAUUGCUGCUAAGGGAACCCAAAAUUUAGUCAUGCUCAAGCUGGAUAUGGAUGACCAAGAUGCGGAAUCCUCCAGAAUCGUCGCUCGCUACGAAGCCUACUACAUGCAACAGAACCGCUACGCUGUCGGUCUUCCGACCUUCGUGUUCCUCAGAGACGGAACCAAGCUGGAACAUUUUAGCAGUGCUGAUGAUGCAAGACUGAGGGGCGCCGUCAAGAAAUAUACUGCUUAAUGGACAUCCCAUAGAUAGACAAUGUAUAAGAAACAGCUACAAUAAGAAAUAAAACACACUUUAAAUGGGUAAA